UUCUGGACUCAAUUUCUCAGGAACUCCACUAUCUCACCCCGGGGGGAAAUGCCUCAGCUGAAGUUUCUCUAGCUCCAGCUUUGUGAACAGAGAGACCUGACGCUUUGGAGUUACAGCAGCUCUGUCACUACUGACUCAUCUGCUUCAAGAUGUUUGCCGUCCACUUGCUAGCUUUCCAUUUCACAAAGCUAAAAGAAGAUCAAAUAAAAAAGGUUGACAGGUACCUGUACCACAUGCGUCUCUCCGACGACGUCCUGCUGGAUGUGAUGGCUCGAUUCCAGGCUGAGAUGGUGAAGGGCCUGGGGAGAGACACCAACCCCACAGCAACAGUAAAAAUGCUGCCAUCAUUUGUGCGCUCACUUCCUGAUGGCUCAGAGAAGGGUGAGUUCCUUGCUGUUGAUGUGGGUGGCUCCCAGUUCCGUGCCCACAGGGUGAAGGUGUUUGAUGAUGGGAAGCAGAGCAGCGAGCUGGAGACCAAGUUUUACCCCUCACCCAAGGAGAUCAUACAGGGGAAUGGAGCUGAGUUCUUUGAUUACAUUGCUGACUGUCUGUCAGACUUCAUGGAGGCUGAAAACCUGAAGCAUAAGAAGUUACCUCUUGGCUUUACAUUUUCUUUUCCAUGCAAACAGACUAAAUUGGAUGAGGGAGUCCUUCUUAGCUGGACGAAACACUUCAAAGUUCGGGGAGUUCAGGACACAGAUGUGGUCAGCUCUCUGUGUAAGGCCCUUGAGAAGCAUAAGGAACUAGACCUUGAUGUUUUGGCACUGGUCAAUGACACUGUGGGAACCAUGAUGACUUGCGGAUACGAUGACCAGCGCUGUGAAGUUGGACUCAUAAUUGGUACUGGCACCAACGCGUGCUACAUGGAGGACAUGAGGCACAUUGAUCUGGUGGAAGGUGAUGAAGGGAGGAUGUGCAUUAACACAGAGUGGGGUGCCUUUGGAGAUGAUGGUGCUUUGGAUGACCUCCGCACAGAAUUUGAUCUGGAGCUCGAUCAGGGAUCUCUUAAUCCUGGAAAACAAUUGUUUGAGAAGAUGAUCAGCAGCCUGCAUUUGGGGGAACUUGUAAGACUCAUCCUCUUAAAAAUGACAAAAGAUGGUCUGCUCUUCAAUGGGAAAGUGUCAACAGCUCUGUUAACUAAGGGCAAGAUAGAAAUGGAACAUGUGUCUGCAAUGGAAAAACAUAAGGAAGGUCUGAGCAACACAAAGAAGAUCCUUACAGAGCUGAACCUAUUUCCCUCUGAGGAGGACUGCAUUGCUGUUCAGCACGUCUGCACCAUCGUGUCCUUCCGCUCAGCCAACCUCUGUGCUGCUGCCUUGGCUGCCAUACUGACCCGGCUCAGGGAGAAUAAAAAACUCUCAAGGAUGCGAACCACUGUUGGGAUUGAUGGGGGACUCUAUAAAACCCACCCCCAGUAUGCCAAACGCCUGCACAAGGUGGUGAGAAGGCUGGUCCCAAACUGUGAUGUUCGUUUUUUCCUCUCCCUGAGUGGCAGUGGGAAGGGGGCUGCCAUGGUCACAGCAGUGGGGUACAGGCUGGCCGCUCAGCGCAAGAAAAUUGAUGCUGCUCUGGCACCAUUUCUGCUCUCCCUGGACACCCUGAGAGAGGUUAAGAACAAAAUGAGGACUGAACUGGAGUACGGGCUAAAGAGAGAGACACAAGCCAGUGCCACAGUGAAGAUGUUACCCACGUAUGUCUGUGGGACACCAGAUGGAACAGAGAAAGGGAAGUUCCUUGCCCUUGAUCUUGGUGGGACAAAUUUCAGGGUUCUGCUCGUCAAAAUCAGAAGUGGGAGAAGAAAAUCUGUGCAAAUGUAUAACAAAAUCUUUGCCAUUCCUUUGGAGAUCAUGCAAGGGACAGGGGAAGAGCUCUUUGACCAUAUUGUUCAGUGCAUAGCAGACUUCCUGGAGUAUAUGGGAAUUAAGGGUGCUCGACUGCCUCUGGGCUUCACCUUCUCCUUCCCAUGCAGGCAAGCCAGUAUUGACAAGGGUACACUUGUGGGGUGGACAAAAGGUUUCAAGGCAACAGACUGCGAGGGAGAAGAUGUUGUUGAUAUGCUGAGAGAGGCCAUCAAGAGAAGAAAUGAGUUUGACUUGGACAUUGUGGCCGUGGUGAAUGACACUGUUGGGACAAUGAUGACUUGUGGAUAUGAGGAUCCAAAGUGUGAGAUUGGCCUUAUUGCAGGAACAGGCAGCAAUGUGUGCUACAUGGAGGAUAUGAAAAACAUAGAAAUAGUGGAAGGGAAUGAAGGAAAAAUGUGCAUUAAUACAGAAUGGGGAGGAUUUGGUGACAAUGGAUGCAUUGACAACAUCAGAACAAAAUAUGAUAAAGAAGUAGAUGAAGGGUCUCUAAACCCAGGGAAACAGAGAUACGAAAAAAUGACCAGUGGAAUGUACCUAGGUGAAAUAGUAAGGCAAAUUUUGAUCGACUUAACCAAACAAGGACUGCUGUUCAGAGGACAGAUUUCAGAAUCACUCAGGAAAAGAGGCAUAUUUGAAACAAAAUUCCUGUCUCAGAUUGAGAGUGACCGGCUCGCCCUCCUCCAGGUCCGCCAAAUUCUGCAGCAUCUUGGCCUGGACAGCACAUGUGAAGACAGCAUCAUUGUGAAAGAGGUGUGUGGAGCUGUUUCAAAAAGAGCUGCCCAGCUUUGUGGGGCAGGACUGGCAGCUAUUGUAGAGAAGAAGAGAGAAAACCAAGGUGUGGAGCGCUUGCAAAUCACUGUUGGAGUAGAUGGGACUUUGUACAAGCUCCAUCCACAUUUUUCUAGGGUCCUGCAGGAAACGGUGAAGGAACUGGCACCUCAGUGUGAUGUGACUUUCAUGCUCUCUGAAGAUGGAAGUGGGAAGGGAGCUGCUCUCAUUACUGCAGUGGCAAAAAGAUUGCAUAAUGUUGGACAGAAGUAAAAAUGAGAGGUCAUUUCAGCACUGCCAGGGGUAUGCACUAGAGAUUUGCUGAGCGGUGAUUCAAGAUAGCUUUGCCAGACACCAGUACACAGGUACCUGUUUUCAGGGAUCAGCUGAUUUUAGACCAAACCAGACUUUGUAGAUUUUUGUUCUCUGAUAAUUUGGACCAGGUGUUUCUGCUCCCCAGUGGCAUUAUGCCUUGGCAUACAGCAAUCUACUUGGUUCUCUAUUUCCUGCAAUGCAUCUUUAAUGCACAUGGGAGAGUGAAAACAAAACAAACAAGCAAACACAAACAACCCCAAAUGUGUCUUUCUACAAUGGUGAAAUUAAGCUGCUGCACCACAACUGAGUUUGUGAUCAGUUUUUUAGGAUUUGCGUGUGUUUUAGUUUCAGCUUGGCUUGGGUCAAGGAAUAUUGAGAUCCUGGUGUUGCACAUAUCUAGUGAACAUAUUAGUUUAAUGCUUAACAGGUUUUACAGUAGAUCUGUAAAAUAAAUUAAUGGACUUUGGUCAAUGAUGCUCUCCCCCUCCACUACACUGUUUACAAGUGUAUAGUAAUGUAAUGCUUUCCUGAGUACAGGAGUAAUGUUUAAAAAAUGAAUGUCAAGGAAAAAAACAUGAUUCCACAAAGUAUCAAUUUGUGUCAGAAUGUUAGUGCAUCUGAGUGCAUAGAAGCCUAAACCAGCACUGGAUGGAUUCUGUGACUGGUUCUUUUGAUAAUGGGGGAAAGAGAGAAUGUAGAAGCAGCUACAGGGUCUGCUGUGUCUGUGUCAGAGCUGUGUAUCAGAGACUAUUGGAUUUGUUCAUCUUUGGGCUGCCAAAAUUAAGAUGUGUAGAGAGAAAAAAGUAUCAUCUGAAUUUCUGAAACUCUCCUUGUUUUCCCUUGGUUAUCUCUGUGCCUGUUCAUGAGACAAUAGUUUCCAUUUUGUGGAAAGGAGCUUAUCCUUAUUUUCCUUUUUCUGUUGGCCGCUGCUCUGCCUGUCUGUAGUGUGUUGUAAAUAAAUCUGUGGUGCUGUGAACCUUUGCUUUUCUGUCUAGUGCCUUUUCUGAGUUGUGGGAAGAACACAGAGACAAAUGGGAGCUUUCUUUAAGCCUCUAUAACAGUACUCAGCACUACUGCAGUUACUAUGAAGGUUGUGGAUAGGGCCCAUGCUUUUGUGUGACCAAGACUAAACGAAAGGAACAAUAUGGUACAGAGAAGCAGCAAAUCUUUAGUCUGCUGUUCUGUCUUCUUGUUUGUUCCUGCGCAUCCUUUAAUUCUCUCUUCUUGGUUAUAUGCUUCCUUUCAGAUUGGCAGCAGAAAGUAGGGCCAAGAAAUGUGCUUUAAGCCUAGUUAGGUCAAAAGUAGCUAGCAUGCAGGAGAAAAAUCAGUUGGGUUUAUGUAACAAAGCUGAUGGGCUUAAAUUUAGCAAUGGCAAAUUCAAAAAGAAGCUACAGACCUUUCUUGUUUUGUAGGUUUAAAAAAAAAUAUGUCAACAGCUCUGUGUCAAUGUUGGAGUCACCAGAUGAGUAAAAAGUAGUACUUGGAAAUAAUUUUCACUUCUGAAGGAAUUCCUCACAUUGCUGAGCUCAUUGUACUGAACAACUGGGAAGAGAUAAGUUGUGAACUCACAUUGCAUUUAAUUUUUUUCUUUCUUUUGUCAGGAAGCUUAAUGUUUAAAUUUGUCUUUAUAUUUCAGAAACCACAGAGCUACAGAAACCAAAGUUUGCUGCGUAGUGGGGGCAGAGUUAUUUGGAGCAGAUUUUUUUCUUCAUGAUGAAUAGGCAAAAUUUGGAGGGACUGGAUAUAGGAGAAAAAAAAUAACAUCAGGGCUUGGGGCUCACUGGGGCUUAGCAAUAGCCUAGAAUCAUUCUUCUGGAUUGGCUGUUUCUCCUCUCAGCAUUCUGAAAUCUUGUACUAUUUGUGUAAUUUUGAGUCCUUUUGGGGGAGUGCAUCUGUGGAUGAAGUAUGUCCCUGUGUUAUCACUCCUGUAGGAGGUCACGUGGACUUGCACCCAGGAUGGCCAUGUAAGUAUGGUGCAGAUUAUCUUUUGUCCUUUAAUUCUAAAGUCUGUCCUGUACAAUUGAAAUGCAAAUCAGUAACAAAACAAAGUAAACCCCUUGCAUGGAUCCUUGCUUAAAAUUUAGAAAGAAAUCCCUGCGUGCUUUGAUUUUUCUCUUUUGUAUUUUUUUGAAAUUAAAUAUUUGCACAGAGUGGUUUUGCACCUCAGCUGCAGUUAUUUUUCUGCAGUAGAUUAGACCCACACAGUGAUUUUUUUUUUUUUUUGCAUCUGCAGUUUUUUUCCAGUAAGUCUAUGGGUGUUGUGGAAUCCAAUCACAUGAAACUGAAACUGUUUACUAAGUGCUUGGCAACCAACCCAGAGCUCUAGUCAAGAUCCUUAUGGCCCAGAACACACAUAUUCUUGCCUUUUCAGGAGGCUGCUGGCUUGCCCUGCCUGAAGCCAGGCAGCUUCCACACAGAUCUGACACAGAUCUGCUGGGCAGCAAGAUGGCAUCUAAUCUGGGAAGUCUGCUGCUUUCUGAAAGGAAAUGAGCAAAGAUUUACUGGGAAGCCUUGCAGAAGGGGAGGAUGGCUACUUUACCAGGGGUACAAACUUCACUUGUAGUUUCCAGGGAUCCUAUAAGCACAGUGUUGCUUUCAGCUGACUCUAAAGCAGAACAUUCUCCAUCUGGGUAAUGAUGCAGCAUCGUGUUCCUAACUACGUUGACAUGUGGAAACUCAAGGACUGUUGCAAACUUGCUUUGGCUUUGCUUUUUUCCAGACUUUGGCUGCUGAGCCCAAAACCUUCUCUGCACACUGUAUGUGAUGAUUCAGCUUUAAUGCUACCUUAAAAUAAAAGUAGAGUCCUUCCACUAGGUGUAUCACAGCAUGAGAAAUACAAUUGGAGUGCAACAGAUCAUGUGAAGAUGUUAGUAAAUUUUGAAAUAAAAUGAGAUUAUUCCAGUUGCA